AUGACUUUGCUGGCGUCUCUCUGGUUGGGGGCGUUAUUCCUAGCCCUCGGGCCUGCCGCGGCAGUCGCCAACUGGACUCUUCAGUCUUGGGACGUGAUUGUUGUCGGGGCCGGCACCGCGGGCAUCAUUGUUGCAGACAGACUCAGCGAGGCGGGUUACAAGACUCUUCUUUUGCAACAGGGAGGCAAUUCGUAUGGAAUUACAGGCGGCAGAGAGCGGCCCGGCUGGCUGGACAACACCACCCUGAGCAGAGUCGACGUCCCGGGACUGUACUCGUCAAUAUUCACCAAGGAGUCGAGUUUAUUGUGCAAGUCUGGCCAGGUAAAUGCUUUUCAGGCAUGUGCCAUUGGCGGCAACAGUGCCAUCAACGCCGGCUUGUAUUUCCAGCCUCCGGCGUCGGACUGGGACGACUUCCAUCCCAAGGGUUGGCACAGCGCCGACGUGGCCAAUGCGACUGCGAACCUCUUGAAGCGCCAGCCAGCUCUGACAAGCUAUUCGCGGGAUGGUCGGUAUUACCUCCAAAGCGGCUACGAGGCCGCAAGGAAGUGGAUUGUCGAAGGCGCCGGCUACGAAGACGUCUCGUUCCUCAAGCAGGUUGACAAAAAGGACCGCGUUUUCGGCCGGCCCGUCUACAACUACAUUGAUGGGCAGCGAGGCGGACCUACCCGAACCUAUUUGCAGACCGCACUGGGCCGAAAACACUUUCAUUUGCAGACCGGCGUCCAAGUCACGUAUAUCAACCACGUCGAGGGUGUUACGUCCUCGGUCGUGGUUGAACUCGACAGCGGCGAGGAAAAGGUCAUCAAGCUCACCAAGACGGGUCGGGUGGUGCUGAGUGCUGGUGCGAUGCUGUCACCCAGGAUUCUCAUGUUUUCCGGCAUCGGGCCGCGAGAUGCUCUCGAAAAACUGGCCGCAAAAUCCGUCACUCCUUACAAUGCGUCCUCGUGGAUUGUCCAGCCCGAAGUCGGAAAGGGCCUCUUUGACAACCCCAACACCUUCAUUGUGCUCUCCGGCCCAAAGGUCGAGUCGUACGUCUACAAGUACGACGACCCGAUUCCCGCGGAUCGAGACUUGUAUCUCGAGUCACGGAGUGGGCCCUACAGCUUUGCGUCCCAAACCUCUGUUUUCUGGGCCCAUGUAGACCACAACGGGACGCGAUCCGGGGUCCAGGGCACAGUCAGCUCUGCGGGUUAUCGAGACUUUACGGGAAACAACACCAUCACCCUGAAUGUAUACGGGACAUCCGGGCUCCUUUCCUCAGGGCACGUCGAGCUCUCCGACAAUGGACACUUUACCGCUCGACCGAGCGCCGGGGUGUACUACGGCCACCCUCGCGAUAUUGAUACCGUCGCCAGGUUUAUUCACUCGCUGUUUCAGCACCUCCCGCCAUCAACCCCGACCGGACCGGCCACAGAUGGGCUCACCCCUCUCAACCUGGCUCAGAAUUCAACUCUGCACGAGAUCGCGAGGUACAUUGCGGAUUCUUCUAAUCCUUAUGCAGUCGGGGCUGUUCAGCACUGGUCGAGUUCCUGCCGUAUUGGCAAGUGUGUGGAUGUCGACACCAAGGUCAUUGGCACCCAGAACAUCCAUGUCGUGGACGCUUCCAUUCUCGCGCCGCUGACUGUGAACCCCCAGUUUGGCGUCAUGGUGGCUGCCGAGAAGGGCUCCGAGAGGAUAAAAGCCUUGAUGAAAAAUGUGACGAAAGGGUUGUCGCGGACGAAGACGGGUAUUGGCGCAACUUUGAAAACGCAAGAGAUUUAG